GUGUCCGCACAGUGUGUGUAUUCUACAAUCUCUCUCGUUAUUAUUUCCUACACCAAAUAUAACGCAGCCCCAUCAUUAUAAUUCGCAUUUAUCUUCACUUUUCAAUGUGUCUUUCUUAUACAACUGCCGUUACUUUGAUAGAUUUUUAGUAGUUCCCUACUCGCAAACUCUCUCCUAAGACUCCACGCCUCAAUUUCUGCACGUUUCCCAACACACACUCACUUUCACACACUUAUCUCUGCAGCCCAGGUCAGUCAUUCCAUGCUUUGAUGCUCCUGUCUCUUGCAAUUUGGUUGUGUUUUGUUGAUUUGGGCUUUAAUUGUGGUGACCCUUUUCGACACUGAUGAAAAUCUUGGGUUUUACUUGUGUGUUGCUUCUGGCUUGCUAUGUGAUUGAUUUUUAUAAGAGGGUGUUUGAUAGUUUUCUUGGGGUCUUGUUGAUGGACUGUGUUUCUUGUUUGAGGUUCUUGAGGAAUGAUUUUGAGUUUGGGUUUUUGGUUUUAAGGUGUUUUAGGCAGUUGGUUUGGGGUUUUGUUUUGUAUGUGUGUUUGGGUUUGGGGUUCAAGGUUUUGGAAGUUGGGUGGCAAUGCUGGGGUUUUACUCAGAUUUUUUGUGUUCUUGGGGGUGUUUGGAGUGAAUUAAGAACUGGGUUUGCUUCGAAAACUGAUUUUGAUGCGAAAAACAAUGUAAAGUUUCGGUCUUGUGAAUUGGAGGAUCGGUUCUUGAGCGAGAAAGUUGAUGAGAAGAAAGAGUGUGUUGAUGAGAGUGAUGGUGAACAUGGGGGCACUUUGAAAAGGGAUUCAGAGUUCUCUUCUUGCAAAUGUGGGUUUUUGGAGGAUCGUUUUGUUAUUGAAAAACUUGGUGGAGACAAAGAAUGCAUCGCUGAGAGUGAUGAUGAACUUGGGUGCACUUCAAAAAUUGAUGCUGAUGUGAAAAGCAAUUUGAAGUUCUCGUCUUGUAAAUGUGGGUUUUUGGAUAAUCAGUCCAUGAUUAAAAAAACUGAUGAUGACAAAGAAUGUAUGGAUGAGAGUGAUGAUGAACUUGAGUGUUUUUGGUCCAUGACCGAAAAAGCUGAUGAUGACGAAGAAUGUAUGGAUGAGAGUGAUGAUGAACUUGAGUGUUAUGACGUGGAUAAAGAAUGUGAUGUUGUGAAAUUGAGAAAAUUAGUUAAGAUAGAAAGGGACCGUGUUAAUGCUGCCUAUGUCGAACUUGAAGAGGAAAGAAUGGCAGCUGCAACUGCUGCUGGAGAGACGAUGGCUAUGAUUUUGCGCCUGCAAAAUGAGAAGAGUGUGAUCGAAAUGGAGGCUCACCAGUUUCGCAGAUUGGCCGAGGAGAAGCAACUCCAUGAUCAGGAGGUCAUUGAAUCGUUGCGGUGGAUUGCUAUGAGUUGUCAGUCAGCAGUGACUCAGUUGGAAGAUCAAGUCAGAUCCUUGACGCAAAAAGUAGGGAUGCACUUGAAGGAUGAUGAAGCGGAACAAUUAGAAGUAAUUGAUAAAUCCUUCAGUUUUAACAAAUACAACUUUGAGGAUGAUGCACUUGAAGAUAGGCUAGUUAGUUCCCUUGACUUGACCUUGUCAUCGUGUAUGGGCAAAUCCCAUCUUGAAACACCUUCACAUCGAAGAAACUAAAUCUAGCCAUGAACGAAUCUUCCAUUUUAUGGUUUAGCUUGAGGCAUUGACAUAACUUUUGGCCAAUUGAACAUAAAUAUCGUACAAAUCAGAAUCUCCGUCUCCAACAUGCAGGGAUGACAGAAUGGUGUACAAGUCUCAAGUUGUAACUGAGUAUAAGUUAUUCCUUCUUUCAACUUUGUUAACGGUUGUUUAUAAUAUCAUAGAUACUUUCUUCUUGUGGAUAAUAGUUUUCAGUUUUCGCCGUUUGUACAAUAGUUUCUAAGAAGCGAGAAUGGACAACAUGACUGAAAUAUAUCUAUAGAAUCAAUACUUGUUUUAUGGUU